CCUCCUCCUCCUUCUUCUUCUUCCCGUUUGAGCAACCGCCACCUUCCUCCCAAACGGAAAGCUUCACGCUCUGCUUCUGUCCGUCCCGCUUCCUCCCUGCCGUGUCUGAAAGUGUGGACGAGGAGUAGGCGGCGGCGGAGGAGUAGGAGUAGGAGUAGGAGUAGGAGUUGGAGCAGCAAUUGGGUUUGGUAUUCCGACCCAACAAGCGCGUGUGAAGUCAAACCGCACGCACACGAUCUCUCUCACUGUCUCUCUCUCUCUCGCCCCACUUCUCUUCUUUUCUUUAUUCUUCUCUCUUUGGUAACCGGUGACGCAAGCGAGAAAGCAAAGCGAAAGCAGAGCAAAGCAAAGAAAAGGAGGAAAGCCUCCUCCUCUUCCCUUCUUUAUCCUUCUCUUCAUCAUCUGUCUCCCCCCUUCCCUUCAUGCUCGCACGCUCUCGCGCUUCGCGAAUCUUGAUCCUUCUCCUGAUGGGUCUCUCCGUCACUUGAUCCCUCCGCCGCCCUCUUGCCUUCCCGUUGCUUUCUCGUGCUGUUUCCUGCGGCCCAUCGUAUUCGGGGGUUUUCGUUUCUUGGGUUGCUCUGUUUCUUUCAUAUGGGUGUCCGAGAUUCGCUGUGGGUGGUCGUCGCCGUCUCUUGGCUGUGCGUCCAGGCGCAGGUCCUGCACGCUCGAGGGGCCCUCGUGUGCAAUUCGAGCGAUUCCAAAGCGUUGCAGGACUUGAUGGGCAACUUCGGGUCCCCGGUCCACGGUUGGGGACUCAAUGCGUCCGACAAUUGCUGCGACUGGGUGGGCGUGGUGUGCAACUCUUCGUCUUCUCUCGGCCUGAGCGGCGGCGGUUCCUCUAGUUCGGGCAGAGUGGUGGAGUUGGUCCUCGCGAGCAAGAAGCUCGCGGGCAGCCUCCCGGACUCGCUCGGCAAGUUGGACCAGCUCAGGCUCCUCAAUCUCUCUCACAACCUCCUCGAGAGGACACUCCCCGAGUCGCUACUCCACCUCCCUAAUUUGCAGGUCCUCGAUCUCAGCUACAAUGAAUUCUCCGGGCCGGUGCCCGAGAGCGUCAAUCUGCCCUUGCUGCGCGUUUUCAACAUCUCCGAGAACUCUUUCGAUGGGUCUCUGCCCGUGUGGAUAUGCGCGAACUCGACCAGCAUUCAGGUGCUUAAUCUGGCUGUCAAUUAUUUCUCUGGCGUUAUCCCGCCGGGACUCGGCAAUUGUGGCUCCCUGCAGAACCUGUCUCUGGCCACGAAUAGUCUCACGGGUGGGAUCAGUGAAGAUAUCUUCACUCUGGGUCAGUUGGUCCAAUUGAACCUUCAGGAAAACUCGUUUUCAGGGCCGCUCGACGGCGGGAUCGGUAAUCUCACGGAACUGAUUUGGCUGGACAUUUCGACAAACGGAUUCUGGGGUCCAGUACCGGAUGUGUUUCAGAACAUGAAGAAGCUGCAGUACUUCAUAGCUCAGACCAAUGGCUUCUCGGGCUCCAUCCCGUCUUCCUUGUCCAAUUCGCCAUCGCUUACGUUUCUCAAUUUGAGGAACAACUCGCUGACCGGUACGAUAGUUCUCAAUUGUUCGGCAUUAAGCAGCCUGGUGUCUCUGGAUUUAGGUUCCAACAUUUUCAGGGGUCCUUUCCCUGAGGAUUUGCCCAAUUGCCAGAAGCUGCAGAAUGUGAACCUUGCACGGAACAAGUUCACAACCCCAAUACCUCAAAGCUUCCAGAACUUCUCCAGCCUUGUUUAUCUGUCGAUCUCGAAUUCGAGCCUAUCGAAUGUCUCAUCUGCACUUGGGAUCCUUCAGCACUGCAACAAUUUGACAGUUUUGGUUCUCACUCUCAAUUACUUUGAUGAAGAAUUGCCCGGCGAUGCGAGUUUGAGUUUUCCGAAGCUUAAGAUUCUUAUCAUGGCGAAUAGCCGACUGAAGGGUUUGAUGCCGCAGUGGGUGCGUGCAUGCACGCAUUUGCAGUUGCUGGAUUUGUCCUGGAACAGAUUGGGUGGAAUGAUCCCGUCGUGGAUUGGCGACUUCCAAUCUCUUUUUUAUCUGGAUUUAUCAAACAACUCAUUCGUGGGCGAGAUCCCAAAAGAGAUUACAGAAUUGCCUGGCCUCAUCAACAGAAAUCUGUCAGUGGAGGAACCUUCUCCUGAUUUUCCACUCUUCAUGAAGAAAAAUGUGAGCGUGAGGGGGCUGCAGUACAAUCAAGUUACAAGCUUUCCACCGACCUUGUCGCUCGGAAGCAACUCUCUCAACGGAUCAAUCUGGCCCGAGUUCGGGAAUUUAAAAAAUGUCCAUAUCUUAGAUCUCAGCCAUAAUUUCUUAUCAGGUUCGAUUCCCGACAGUUUAUCCGGAAUGACUAGCCUAGAGAUUCUCGAUUUGUCCUACAACAAUCUGUCGGGAAGUAUCCCUUCUUCAUUAGUGCGUCUCAACUUUCUGUCCAAGUUCAAUGUUGCACAUAACAAUUUGUCCGGGCCAAUUCCCAACGGGGGCCAAUUCCCUACCUUUCCCAAUUCGAGUUUUGAAGGAACCAAACUGUGUGGUGAUCAUGCUCCCCCCUGCUCAGGCGGUCGAAAUGAUCCUGAAUCAGCCGAUGAUGCCACGAGGAAUAGAAACGUCGGAAUGGUCAUCGGAAUUGCAUUUGGGGCAACAUUUCUUCUGGCCAUUAUGGUCAUGAUUUUGGCGAGAGCACAUAGGCGGGGAGAGGUUGACCCUGAAAAGGAGGUGGAGGGGAGAAGAGAAAGGGAUAUCGAAGACUUGGAGUCCCGAUUAUUGGUUAUGUUCCAAAACAAGGACAGUUGUGAAAAGCUGUCAUACGAGGAUAUCUCACGAGCCACCAACGAUUUUGACCAAGCGAAUAUCAUAGGGUGUGGGGGUUUCGGGAUGGUUUACAGAGCCACCUUCCCCGAUGGCACGAAGUUGGCGAUCAAGAAGCUCUCUGGUGAUUGUGGGCAGAUGGAGAGAGAAUUCUGUGCUGAAGUUGAAACUCUCUCAAGAGCCCGACACCCAAAUCUCGUCCAUCUUCAAGGAUUUUGCAUGGAUAAAGAGGCGAGGCUCUUAAUAUACUCCUACAUGGAAAACAGUAGCUUGGACUAUUGGUUGCACGAGAAACCAGAUGGGCCUUCCUCGCUAGAUUGGUGCACACGGCUCCGAAUCGCUCAAGGAGCAGCAAGAGGACUUGCAUAUCUGCACCAGUCGUGCGAGCCGCAUAUUGUUCAUCGAGAUAUAAAGUCGAGUAACAUCCUUUUAGAUGAGAACUUUGAAGCCCACUUGGCUGAUUUUGGUCUUGCGAGGCUCAUGUGUGCUUACGAUACUCAUGUGACUACUGAUCUUGUUGGGACACUGGGUUACAUUCCUCCCGAGUACGGUAUGGCCUCUGUUGCUACUUACAAAGGCGAUGUUUAUAGUUUCGGCGUUGUCCUCUUGGAGCUUGUCACGGGGAAAAGGCCGAUGGAUAUGUGCAAGCCCAAGGGGUGUCGGGAUUUGAUCUCUUGGGUGAUUAAGAUGAAGAGCGAGACCAGGGAAAGUGAGGUGUUUGAUCGUUCCAUUUACAGCACGAAGCAUGACAAGGAAAUGUUGCGGGUUUUUGAGAUCGCCUGCCUUUGCUUAAAUGAUAGCCCGAAAGUGAGGCCAUCGACCCAGCAGCUAGUUUCCUGGCUCGACAGUGUUGGCGUCGGUGUCGAGCCGUUUUUUGGCAAUUGCAAGGAGCUCUAGAUGUACUGCUGGAGUCCUUUUUGCAGUGUGGAAGUGAUUUUUUUUUUUUUGUUUCCCGACAUACAUGUCUACUGUAAAUACUUGAAACUCGGUUCCUAGAGUUCUUUGUUACAAGUAUCUGGAAUAAAGGCAUUGCACAAUAACUCCUGGCAUUGAAGUUA